AUGUCUGGCGAAGUCGAGUGCACCCCGCUUUCUCCGGAAGAGGACCUCGUCCCAGGCAUCUACAUCCUGCCGCCGCCCACAAAGCAGUCCAAGGCGCUGUUCAUGGAGAAGCUGCCCUUCGUGGAAUACAUUGCCAACCGCUACAAUGACACUCCCGUGCCUCCCGGCACAGAACCGUGUUCUUGGAGUCACACGGGCCGUGGCUUCAAGACAAUGACCUUGUGGACUCAUGGAUUUCUCUUCACUUUGCGCCAAGAGUCGCUGGCCUACUUAAUUGAGAAUCCUAGCUUAGCGGAGAAGGUGUGCGAUCACGCCAAGUACUUUCUUCUCUUCCUUUCAGGAGUGAACGUUGGAUGGUACUACCGAUUCCAUAUCGAUCGUGAGUCGUGGCGGCUGGCUCCUCUAGCACACAGUACGCCGGUCAUUCCUCGAACCGCAACCGGCAGCCCCGGCGCCCAGCAGCUGCUUACCGAGCUGUCUUACAUGAUCUCCGUCCUCUUCCCCGAGCCUGUUGCUCAACGCAUUCUGUCUCUUCUCAAGUCGAAAGAGGGGGGCUCCGGCUACCACACACACUGCAUCACUCUGACUCCCUACCUCGGCGAGCUUUUUGACGAGGGCUUUCUCGGCUUGCGCCCGCUGCGCCAUACAAAGCGCAUCAAGCCGGGCUACAGCGCCGAUGACGAUGAGAAGGAGGAGCACCUUGUACAUUUCUCGGUCCACUGGAUGCAGAACCAUGGCACUCCCAACCACCGCAUGAAAGGAUAUGGGCUCGAUGAAUGGUGGAUCGAUAACAUGCUCGAGACAUUGACUGAAUACGCGGGGUUCAGCUUCAAGCUAUGUGAGAUCGAUGCACAGACGAAACAGCCCAUCACCGAGGGUCAAGAACGCUUUCUAGUGUGCAACUCCCACCAGUCUGCGGAAGACAUGUUUAUCCUCCUGGCGCUUAGGUGGACUACAGUGCUGGCCGCGACCCUCGCAGGUGGAUCGGGAAUACCUGAAUGUGAUGCUCUGACGGAAUACGAGGAAUCUUCGGAAUAUGAGGAGUAUGAGGAAGAUGAGGAAUCUUCAAAAUAG